AUGGUAACUUUACUACCCAGAAUUUUUUCCAUCGUAACAAUGACAGAAUUUAUUCUGGGAAAUUUCGCUAAUGGCUUCAUAGCACCGCUGAACUUCAUUGACUGGGUCAGGAGGCGAAAGAUGUCCUCAGCUGAUCAAAUUCUCAUGGCUCUGGCGGUCUCCAGAAUUGGUUUGCACUGGGUAAUAAUAAUAAAUUGGUACACGACUGUGCUCCAUCCAGUUUUAUAUAGUUUAGAAGUAAGAAUUUUUGUUCAUAUUAUCUGGGCAGUGAGCAACCAUUUUAACAUCUGGCUUGCUACUAGCCUCAGUAUAUUUUAUCUGCUCAAGAUCGCUAAUUUCUCUAGCCUUAUAUUUCUUUACCUAAAGUGGAGAGUUAAAAGUGUAAUUCUGGUAACACUAUUGGGGACUUUGGUCUUUUUGUUUUUUUAUCUUGCAGUGAUAUGCAUAGAUGAGAAAACACAGAUUAAUGUGUAUGAAGGAAACAUCACUGGGAAGACCAAACUGAGGGAUAUUUUACAUGUUUCAAAUAUGACUGUAUUUGUGCUAGUACACUUAUUACCAUUUUCUAUGUCCCUGACAUGUUUUCUGUUGUUAAUCAUUUCCCUAUGGAAACAUCUCAAGAAGAUGCAGCUUAAUGGCAAAGGAUACCAAGAUCCUAGCACCAAGGUCCACAUAAGAGCCAUGCAAACCGUGUUCUCCUUUCUCUUGCUAUAUGCCAGUUACUUACUGGCUCUAGUUAUCUUAAUUUGGAGUUCUAGUAGGCUGCAGAAUGAACUGCUUCUCAUGUUUUGUGAGGUUCUUGCAGUGCUGCAUCCUUUAAGCCACUCGUUUAUCCUGAUUUGGGGAAACAAGAAGCUAAGACAGGCCUUGAAAAACAUAAGAAAGAUUAUAAGAUUACCAUACCAUUAA